UUCAGUUGUUAAAGCGCUAUCUAACGGAAUAAUAUUGAAUAUAAAAAAGUUUGAACGAGAUUCGUUUUCGUUUUCUUUUUUUGUUUUUGUGAAUUUUAAGUAAAUUUUGUAUUUUUCCUUGUAACGCAGUUUUGCUUUACACAAGUCUCAUAUUCAAUUUUAGCAGUUUGUUCACAAAAUAAUUACGAAGUUAAAAGAGGGCGUUUGUUAUCAAUGCAUAGUUGCCAUUAAAACAAACAAGAAAUGAAAAUAAAUAAAUACAGGAAAUAAAAGGAAGCAAUAUUUAUUAAAAAUAAAUAAAAAAAUUAUUUUUGAAAAAAAUAAAUAAAUCUAUAAUUAUACUCAUUCAUAAUUACAUUUCUGCUACAUUAAUUAAAAAAUAAUUAAGAAUAUAAUAAAAUCAGUAAAUAAUUUAAAAUUUUUAAUAACCGAAAAAUUGGCAAUUCUUUUUGAAUUAACAAAAAUUUUAAUUUAAUUUUAAUUAAUCAUUCAAAAUAUGGCUGGAUUAUAUAAAUUUUGGAGUACAUUCUUUAAUGAAUGAAAGAAAUGAAAAUUUUUGUAUGAUUUUUAUUUAAUAUAAAUGAAAUAAAAAUACAUACAAAAAUUUUUAAUUUUCAUUUUUUUUCAAAAAGGAAAACUGUUAACAGUUUUAUUCGUUCGAAAAAUAAAAUGGGACAAGAGAGUUCACUAUUACCAAGAAAUCCAUAUGAAAAUUAUCCAAAUUGUAAAUCCAAUCAUCAAAAAUUUUUAGUUUCUGGCACAGAGCAUUAUAGUGAUUUAAGAAAAUAUCACAAAUCAAAAUUAAAUUUAUCAAAUAGUAAUAAUUCUUUAAGUACAACAACAACAUUAACCCAUCUACAUAAUACUAAUAAUAGUCAUCAUCAACAAUAUCAACAUCAUUAUAGAGAUAAUUCAACAUCAUCAUUAUCAACAAUAUAUGGUAACGCUACAUAUGUUGAUAAUACUUGGAAUUGUACACAAAAAUCAAAUAAUCAAAAUAAAAUAACAAUUGUUGAUAAAAUACCAAAUCAUUUACCACCGCCACCACCAUUACCUUGUACACAAACUAAUUUACCCGAAUCUGGUUUUGAUCGUUAUCAAAGAAUAAAGAAAUCAACAUCAAGAUCAUCAUUUGCCUCAUAUACAGAUUAUUCAAGUUGUUAUUGUUCAUCAAAUUCUAGUGCAUUAUCAAGUGCAUCAAAAAGAUCACAAGAGAAACAAGCAAAUUAUUUAAAUCAUCAUUUAUAUAUUAAAUCAUAUUUAGAUAUCCUUGAAGAAGACGAAAAAGCUAAGAAACAAUUUAUACCACGCCCAGGUAUACGAAAUUAUAAACCAAAAAUAUUAUAUUCUGAAACCUCAAAUAGUAUAACACGAAAGGAAAGUAAUAAAAAUAAUAAAGAUUCGGGUACUUGGAUUUGA